GUGCGCACAGUAGCGGCGUUCGGACAAGGCGACGACGCAACGAUUUUUUAGUUAUUCGUUGAUUUAGCGUGCUUGAAGUUUGGUUUUUAUUUAUUUUGAGUAUUAUUUCUGUUCUUUUUAAUAUGAGUGACCAAUCAGGACCCUCGAAAAGACUCAGUGCAAUGCCGGAUCAUGCAAGAAAACGUCUAAAAAGUAUAGAGGUGGAAGAGUUAUUACUGGAUUCGGAUGACGACUUUUAUGCAGGGAGUGAUAUCGAUGAUAUAAACUAUGAAUUUAUUGAUAGUGAAAGUGACUCGGAAUCCGAAGAAGACGAAGCUUCGCAGUUGCAGUUCUGCGACGCCAUUUGCAAUAACUGCGUCACCACCACAUGUCCGCCUGACCAGCCAUCGCGUGCAGUUUCCAAGACAUGUUGGAGUACCGACUUCAGUUCUAUGAGGGAAAUUCCCUUUAUUCGGACAAAUGCACUACUAGUGCCAGCGCCGAAUAAUCCGAGGGAUUAUUUUGAUUUAUUUGUCAGUGAAGAUUAUUUACAAAAUAUCGCCGACUGCUCAAAUAGAUACGCAGAAAACUUGAAAAAUUCAUCUAAUCAGGUUCAGUCUCGAAUUACACAAUGGAAGUCGCUCACUCUAGAAGAACUGAAAAUCUUUAUUGGGUUACUAUUACACACUAGUACAACAAAAAUGAAUCGCGUUGUUGAUUACUGGAAAAUUCACCGUUUAUAUAAAUCAGUUUUCCCUCAAUAUAUGUCGAGAAAUAGAUUUCAAAUCAUUCUAAGAUGCCUUCAUUUUGUUGAUGAACAAAAUAAUGCCGAUCGCAUGGAUAAAUGCAAAUUAGUAAUAGAUAAUUUCAAUAAUGUUAUGGAGUGUAUUUAUUACCCCGGUAAAAAUUUGUCUUUAGACGAAUCGAUGAUUUUAUGGCGUGGUCGACUUAUUUUCCGCCAGAACAUCAAGAGAAAAAGACAUAAAUAUGGAAUCAAGUUGUAUGUACUUGCGGAACCAAAUGGUAUCAUCCUAAAAGUGCAUGUUUUUGCCAGUACGUUAGAUGUAACUGCUGGGAAAGGCCACACAAAAAAAAUAGUGGAUAAGUUAUUAGAGGGAAAAUUGAAUGCUGGCCAUGCAGUGUUCAUGGACAGUUUUUAUAAUAGCUAUGGUUUAGCUGCCAAACUAUUGGAGCAAAAUACAUAUUGCACCGGCACAUUGAACAAGAAACAUAAAGAUAACCCAAACAGCAUAAUUACAAAAAAACUAAAAAAAGGUGAAAAUGUAUCACAGUGUCGUAACGGUGUCCAUAUAGGGAAAUGGAAGGACAAAAGGGAGAUAAAUUAUAUAUCUACUGAAUUUCCUGACGAAAUGCAAGAAGUGAUCACCAGACGCGGCACUGUGGCAACGAAACCUGCAGCCAUCAUAAAUUACAACAAAAAUAUGUCCGGCGUUGAUCUACAAGAUCAAAUGCUCAGUUACUACCCAUGCGAAAGGAAGACUUUACGUUGUUGUAUGAAAAUUUUUAUACAUACUUUGAUGAUGAGUCUGAUAAAUGCCCGGGUACUUUAUAACAAAUAUUCUAAUCAGAAGAGCAUGACACUUUAUGAUUUUAGGGAAAAAAUUAUUGAAUCCUAUUUGCCAGAAAUAACAUCUGGCCCACAAACAACACAAAAGACAUGUGGAGACCAAGACCAACACAAGCUAACUAAAAUUGAAAAAGCCAAACCGCGAUGUCUCAGUACCGGCGAAACAGUAAACGCAACGUCCAGAAAGGAUUGCAGAAAUUGUUAUAAAAAUAAAAAAAGGGUAAACACCACCACUGAAUGUAAAAAAUGUCCAGGUUCUCCUCCAUUAUGUUUUGACUGUUUUUUUGAAUUGCACGAUUGCACUGCUAAAUAAUUUUAUAUUUUGUACCCCUUUUUUAUUUUUUUGAAUAUGUAAGUGAUUUACAAUUUAGAGUAACUUCAGUAGUUAUAUAAGUUUUUUAGUGAUAUUAUAAUAUAUUACGAAACCAAUUAGUCCAACGAAAUCAAAACGUACAGUAAGUUCCCUAUAAAUGUUGAUUUUUGAUAAUUAUUUUUUUCUAUUUGUACGUUAUUUUUAAAAAUUCUAUGUGAUUAUAAAAGACUGAUAAUUAACACGUUAAUUGCCAAUCAUGCGAUAUCGCGUAAUAGAUAUUUAGAGUACAUAAAUCCUA